CGAUUCCCCCUUAAUGCAUUAGAGUUGUCUUUUUUGACAUUGGAAUGUUCUAGGUUUUUCUUGUCGUCGCUGGGGCAGUGUAAGGAAUGUAAAGAUGAGGGCAGUGCCCUCCUAUAAUUGGCGCCAGACAUCUCCCCCAAUUCCCCACUUUACCAUUUCCCAUUGUGAACAUCCAGUGAUAUCUCUUGACCAUGACGGCCAUCUCUAAUCUCGCAAACUCGCAAUCCUCUCCUCCUCAACCAUCACCAGAAUCCAGAUCUAACGGUUUCCCACCUGGCUACUUCAUAAUCCGUUCACUAGCAACAGGACGACUACUCGACGUCGCUGGUGAUUACGCAGAGGAUGGAACAGAGAUCAUUCUAUGGCCGGAGAAGGAAAGUUCAUUGGUUGAAUCUCGAAGAGAUCCUCAGGCCAACAACCAAGUUUUCUUCAUUGAUACAUCCGGUGCUUUGUGCUCUAGGGCUUCGGGACAUGCUAUCGAUAUUGAAGAUAACCACCUCGUCCUCCGACACCGUCGUCCUAUCUCACUCCCAUUUCCCAAUCGCUACGCCCAUCCCCUGCCUAAAUUCACCUACACUCCUCUCACCGGUGAAAUUCACGUCGAGUUUGACUGCGAUCCAACUUAUCCGCUUUUCUCCGCCAACGCUUCCUGGAAAGACAAUACGUAUAUACUCACCUCCGUCCCCCUCCGAAAACCGAAAUCUUUCAUUGACGAUGCCUCGGAAUUCAUAACGUCUAAUUUUGCUUCCCCUCUAGUGUCGUUCUUCCAAGGCGGCACAGACACCCAUGCGACGCCGGAGCAAGUAGCUAGCAGCGGCGUUGAAUUAGCAGAAGACGAAGUUUUAGAGGAAGAUCGAGGAGAAGAAGCAGAAGUAGAUGAUUCACUUGAUUUAAAGAGGGAUGUGAAGAUGUUGACGAUAGCGAAACGAAAUCCAGCGGAUGAUCACACUGACUGGAAUCUUACAGAGAAAGCCAAAUUGAGAAGAAAGUUCGAGUGUGUUCCCUUGAGAGCGGUGAACAGGCGUACGGGUGGUAUCUAAUCGAGGUUGGUGGAUGGAAUUUUGGAAAGUUGUAAACUUAUGUAUCAUUAUCUACAGUAUGUAUUUUAUUUCCUACCGUAACAUGUACAAUACGCACUGUACAACUGUACGAAGAGUUAUUGUCAUACCCGGGUGAUACAUAGUACAUAGGCCCGGGGCGGUUGGCCC